AUGGUAUCGGAAGAAUGGGACGAUAUAUACUUCAUGGUCUCGGACAGGAAACGUCCAGAUCAAGAAGGCAUCCCAGAUGUAUUUCACGUGUCUCAAUGCGAUGGCAAUGAUGUCUAUGAGUUGAGCGUGGAUGAAAUCCAGCACUUUCUUUCUACCAAUGCUAUGACUUCGGUAUCUUUCGUGAAGCAUUGCUUGGAAAGGAUUCGACGGCAAGUUCAGGUCAACCCAUAUCUAGAGUGUGUGAUCGAGACAAAUCCUGAUGCCCUAGAAAUUGCACAGCAACUCGACGAUGAGCGAGCAAAGGGCAAGACUCGAGGACCGCUGCAUGGUAUUCCUGUUCUGGUCAAGGAUAACAUGGCUACCAAGGACAAAAUGCAAACGACCGGCGGAUCUUGGGCUCUACUAGGCGCCAUCGUCCCCAAAGAUGCACAUAUCGUCCAUCUUCUGAGGAAGGCAGGUGCAAUCAUCUUGGGCCACUCGAAUCUGGACGAGUGGGCUGGCAUGCGCUCCAAGAUCUAUUCGAAUGGAUACUCUGCACGCGGUGGUCAGACCAGAAACCCGUAUAUGCUCAGCAGAAGUCCGCAAGGGUCAAGCUCUGGCUCUGCGGUAUCUGUUUCCAGCAAUAUCGUCCCACUUGCGUUUGGCACAGAGACCGAUACUUCUGUGAUUUGGCCGGCCAUGGUCAGUGGUAUUGUGGGCAUCAAGCCUACAGUCGGUUUAACCUCGCGUAGUGGCGUGAUUCCUAUCUCAGAGACACAAGACUCGAUCGGAACAUAUGGAAGAUGUGUAUCUGAUGCAGCUCGUGCUCUCGACGCUAUAGCCGGGCCUGAUUCAGAAGACAGGCACUCAACUGUUCCCGAGAGACGGCAACCAAAGAGUUAUGUCGACAGUUUGACUACCAGAAAAGCGUUAUAUGGUGCAAGAUUUGGUCUACCCAUGAAACGCUUCUGGGAGCUCGUCCCAAAGCAGCAAAGGAAGGUGGCCGAGAAGGUCUUAAAGCUGAUCGAGAAAGCUGGCGCAAAAAUCAUACCCGUCGAAAUGCCUUGCGCCGAGGAACGUAUCGCACCUGAUGGUGGCUGGGAUUGGGAGCACGGUAAAGAAGAAGUCUCAGAAUUCACCAUCAACAAGGUAGAAUGCUACUACUUGAUGAACGAAUACCUCAGCAAGCUCAAAAACACAAACAUCAAGACUGUCGAGGAUGUCGUCCGCUUCAACGACGAAAACGCAGGAUCCCAAGGAGCUAAACCUGGCGAUCAUCCGGCCUUCCCUUCAGGCCAGGACAACUUCCGCGAAGUGGUCGAAGCAAAGGGCAUCAAAUCUCCAGCCUACUACCACGCUUUCGCUCAUAUGCGCAAGCAAUGCCGUGAAAACGGUAUAGACGCAGCUUUGAACCCAGUCAUCAAGGGCAAGAAGACUUCUCUGGAUGCACUACUCUUCUGCGACGUCCGUGGCGCAGGCCAACAAAUCGCCGCUCAAGCCUCAUAUCCCGUCAUGACCAUCCCCAUCGGCCUCGAUAUCGAUGGUAUGCCCAUAGGCUUGAACAUCCAACACACAGCCUGGGAAGAAGCAACUUUGGUGCGCUGGGCAUCGGCAAUAGAAGAUCUGCUUCGCGCAGAAGUCGGACCAAGGAAUCCUCCUCGCUACCAAGAUCAUCUGGCCAAGAACAUUCCUGUGGAAAACGAGUAUAGGUAUCCGGGUGCGCCUCCUCGGUUUGGGGAUAGGCCUCCGCCUUCUUGA